AUUUCAAAAUAUUUAGCCAUUCGAAAUGCUCGCCUCUCGCCGUCUUCUUCCACAAAUCUCGAGCCGAGCACUUUCCACGUCACCGGCUCUGAAAUCGUCGGAAAUUUCGGUCAAGGAGGAGCGCCCGUAUGUGUAUAAUGUGAAGCUCAAUCGUCCCGCCAAGUUGAACACGUUUACGAUGGAUAUGUGGAGAGAAUUCAAAAAAGCAAUCGACAGCCUUGCCGAUGACCCAAAAUGCCGCUCAAUCAUCAUCUCCGGAGAGGGAAAGGCAUUUUGCGCUGGAAUCGACAUUGCUCACGGGCUCUCCGACAUCUUACGUAUAAUUCAAGACGAUACAAUUGAAGUUGGACGUAAAGGGCGGCUUGUUCGCAAGUUUAUCGGCGAAAUUCAGGACUGCUAUACUGCGUUGGAGAGAUGCCCAAAACCAAUUAUCGCCUCAAUUCAUUCACAUUGCCUUGGAGCUGGAAUCGAUCUUAUCACCGCGUGCGAUAUUCGAGUAGCUUCACAGGAUGCGAUUUUCUCGAUUAGAGAAGUCGACGUUGGUCUUGCCGCCGACAUCGGCACCCUCAACCGGAUCCAGAAGGUCGUCGGAAACGACAGUUGGACGCGUGACGUCGCAUUCACCGCCCGUGACUUCGGCGCCGACGAGGCUCUCCGCUUCGGGCUCAUCUCGAGAAUCUACGACGAUCGUCAGUCACUUCUCGAAAAUUCGAUCGAUAUGGCCGCCCGUAUCGCCGAAAAGAGCCCGAUCGCCGUGCAGGGAACCAAGGAAACGUUGAACUACGCCCGCGAGCACUCGACCGACGAUUCGCUGAACUUUAUCAAGACGUGGAAUAUGAGCCAGCUCCUGUCGACGGAUCUGUUGAGCAGUGCGAUGGCGGUGAUGAAUAAGAAGAAGGCAACCUAUGAGGAUGUUUGAAAUUAUUGAUUUUUUCCCGUUUUUUAAUGUAUUUCCUCAAAAAUUUCAUCAAAAUUAGUCAGGUUCUAUGUAAAUCUCGUGUAAAAUAAAUGUAUUCUGGAGUGAGGCAAGCGCGCUCUGAUGAUAAA